AUGGUACAAGGAAACAGUUCGCCAAAACGUGUCAUGUCGGCAAGUCGGCGGAAAAAUCCGUCUCAGCUAGCCGAAUCGGAGGCUAAAGAAACACCGCGACAGGCACGUGUCAAGAAAUCGACUUCUAAAUUUGAAAGAGGCGUACAAAAUAUGUUGGAAACGUCGGAGACGUUGGUUUCUGGGGAAAAGUCUGAAAAGAAAUCGAGCAAAAACUCGAGAAAAAGUGAAUAUUCUAAUGAAAAGCGUAUAGUUAAUUUAAAAGAUGUGAAAAAUUCUAGUGUAAAGGAAAAUAUCAUUGGAAAUGAUAAACUUACUAGUUCCCCUAAACUUAUAGCUAGUAGAGAUUUACGGAAGGCGAGCAUAGGGUCGCAUGACAGUAUGAGUUAUCGCCCCUUGAGACCUGUUUCCGGUCCCAGUGACCGUCUCGUGAGACCUGGAUCCGAGGAUAGCGUAAGUUCGACAAUCAGACAAGAAAGAGAAAGACUGUCUUCCCGUAAGGACAGUUCUUACUCGACCUACAUUGAGAUUACCCAUAAUGCAUCAGAGGACCUCAUAGUGGUAGAAAACGCCGAUUCCGAUUGGUCUAACAGUGAUGACCUUAUUCCUGAAGUUGAGGAAGUCGAUCUUCAAAAGUCAAAACCAAGUGCAAAACCGGAAGUUGAUGAAAAAAAGACAGAGAAAGAAUCAAAUCGACGAAGAAAACGCCGACCAAGGACAAGGAAAAAGAAAGAGAAGCUAGGACGCAGGUCAAAAUCAGCAAAUGACGGGGACGAAUUUAAAGCCCGUGCAGACCACGUGAUUGUAACGGACUUGGAACAUAUUACACAGGAAGUUCCUGCUGAACCUGUCUAUGUACCACACGAUAUAUGGGUCCCCAAACGACGCAUGCGCGAGAAAGGCAAGCAGACGAUGGUGCGUGUAGGAGGAGGUUUCAUGGACUUGUCCUACUAUUUACAUCAUCAUGUACCAAUAAAGGUUUAUCAGCCAAAGCCGUACGCCCAGCUCUUCAACAAGCACAUGUUUAUGGUCAAGUCUAAACGUCCAGAAUUAGCUACUGGCCAUAAACACUAUGAUCGUCCAAGUUGGACGACCAUGAACAAAGGAUUCAAGGCCUUCGCCUGUAUAUAA